AUGGAGCUGAACGGCAGCAGGUACUCACGCGCGCCGGCCGGCGUGCUCCUUGCGGCUCUGCUGACCUUGCUGGCCCUGGCGUCGUCGACCGUACCGGCAGCGUGGGCGCAGAGCGCGAGCGGCGUGACCGCGACGUACAUCGCGUACGACGCGCCGUCGAGGAACUGGGAGCUGGGCGCGCUGUCCGUGUCCUGCGCGGCGUUGGACGAGGACAAGCCGCCGGCGUGGCGGUCGCGGUACUGGUGGACGGCGUUCUGCGGGCCGGCGGGGCCCCGCGGGGACGCCGCGUGCGGGCUGUGCCUGCAGGUGACGAACGCGGCCACGGGCGCCGCCGCGACGGUGAGGAUCGUGGACGACUGCGGCAAGACCAACGGCGGCGCGGCGCUCGGGAUGGACACGCCCGUGUUCUACCAGAUCGACACCGACGGCAGCGGCAUGGCCAGCGGGCAGCUCCAGGUGAACUACGAGUUCGUGGACUGCCAAGACUAG